AUGGAAGGUGUGUUGGACUUUGACACGAUCGACGUGGAACUAGAUGAAGACCUUCUAAAGAAACAGAGUAGGAGAUGUACCGAUGAGUUCUUGAAAUCACUGUCUCUUGACGAUGAAGAUGAAGACUUCAUUAUCCCAUUAUUCGAGAAUGUUGAAGAUGAUGAAGCACCCGUGGAAGAAGAACCUUUGGAUGACGAACAGGAGGAGGAAGAAAAUGUAGAUGAAGUUGUGGAUGAAGAGGAAAAUGAUAGUGAAGCUCAGUUUAAAUAUUCCACACAUGAUCCAAAUGUGAAAUGGAAUAGAAUGAAACCUCAAGAGGGAGAAAGGUAUGAAUCUCCACAGCAACUUAAACUCUGUUUAACAAAUCAUGCCAUAUCUAAAGGUUAUCAGAUUAGGUUUAAUAAAUGUGAUAGUGUUAGACUACACUGUGUGUGUGCUAGUGAUCAUGAGAAAUUCGGUUGCCCUUAUUAUGUUAAAGCCUCUUGGAUGAGCACUGAAAAGUCAUUCCAAAUAAAGAAAAUGUAUCCACAUCAUACAUGUGUCAAGAAUUUUAACAAUGGAAAACUUAUGGGACCAACAUGGUUAGCUAGACAAUUCCUUAAAGAACUUAUUAGGACACCUAAUUUGAAAGCUAAGGAAAUCCAAGAAAAAGUUCAACACAAAUUUCACACUAAGAUUUCAUGGGUAAGGAGUUAUAGGGCUAGAUGUAGGGCAAUGUCCAUGAUUGAGGGAAAAUUAGGUGAUCACUAUGCAAGGGUGUGGGAUUAUGGUGGUGAAUUGCUAAGAUCCAAUCCAGACAGCACCAUUAAAAUUUGUGUUGAAGACAACAAUGAUGGUACAACUAUUUUCAAAAGGAUGUACAUAUGUUUCAAAUCAAUCAAAGAAGGGUGGAAGAUGGGUUGUAGAAGGGUAAUAGGGAUCGAUGGAUCUUUUCUGAAAGGGCAGUGUAAGGGACAAUUAUUAACAACCAUAGGUAGGGACCCAAACAAUCACGUUUUUCCCAUAGCUUGGGCUAUAGUUGAUAUUGAGAAUAAGUUUAACUGGAAGUGGUUCCUUCAGUUGUUAGAGGUUGACCUUGGAAUGGAUGCAGGAAGGGGCAUGUGUGUAAUUUCAGACCAACAUAAGGGUCUUCUUGAGGCAACAAAGGAGGUGUUACCAUAUGUUGAGCAUAGACAGUGUGCACGACAUAUCUAUGCCAACUUCAGAAAAGUAUAUAGUGGAAUUCAGUUAAGGAACCUAUUCUGGAAGGCUGCCAAAUCAACUGUAGAGGGUGAAUUCAGGAAUCACAUGGAUGAGAUUAAACAGAUUAGCCCAGGUGCUUAUGAACAUCUAAUGGCAAGGGAGCCAAAUACAUGGUGCAGGGCUUUCUUUUCCACUGGAUUGGCCUGUGAGGCUGUAGAAAAUGGUAUGGCAGAAUGCUUCAAUGCAGUUAUACUUGAUGCUAGGAAGAAGCCACUACUGACCAUGCUUGAAGAGAUAAGGCUGUAUAUGAUGGACAGGUUUUACAACCUCAGGGAGUUAGCUGAAAAAUAG